GCUAAAAAGGCGGGUGCACACUAAAUUGUAUUAAUUUGGCACUUUGCGUUAAUGUAUUAUGUAUUGUUUCAAUGUAAAGAUGGCCUUGAAUACCCUGAGUGCAAACUAGAAGAAGCUAUGGUAAACCACACUGUUUCAACCCUGUUAUUGACUGGAUUUGGUGAAGCGGGCAGUAGCUUGUCGUGUUUGUAUUUUGCCCUCACCCUUGUUGCGUUCCUGCUCACGGUUUUUGUUAACCUAGUCCUGAUCGUUUUGAUCUAUCUCAAACAGAAUCUCCACCAGCCUAUGUAUGUCUUUCUUUGUAGUCUCUGCAUUAACGGCUUGUAUGGAAGCCUAGCGCUCUAUCCCACGCUUCUCAAUAGCUUUCUGUCAAACCCCAAAGUGAUUUCCCUCGUCGGUUGCCUGCUUCAAAUGUUCUUGAUAGACACUUACGCUGGUUUUGAAUGCACUAUUUUGUCAGUGAUGGCGUACGACAGGUACGUGUCAAUCUGCAAGCCGUUACAGUACCACAGCAUCAUGACGACCUCCAACAUUUCCAUACUACUGUUUUUUGCCUGGCUCUUUCCUGUUUGCCUGUUCACUGUAAUGGUAGCUUUAACAUCCAGCCUUCCACUGUGCGGCAACACCAUAGAGAAGGUAUACUGUAGUAACGCGUCAGUUGUCAGGUUGUCGUGUGUAGACGCGUCUAGGGAACGUAUGUACGCGAUUUUUGUAACGCUUGUAAUUCCAUGUGUGCCGGUCCUUCUUGUCCUGCUUUCCUAUCAAAAAAUACUGAGUGUAUGUUUAAAAGCUUCCUCUGACAAUCGGAGCAAAGCUCUUAACACCUGCAUACCACACAUUGUCACUUUUGUCAACUAUACCGGGAACAUUUUUUUUGAGGUUAUUAGCUAUCUACUUGAAAAUACCAAUGUGUCUUUUCCUGUACGCAGCUUCAUGUCCUUACAAUUAUUCAUUAUCCCUCCUCUUCUAAACCCUAUCGUUUAUGGGAUAAGAUUGCAAGAAAUAAGGAAAACGAUAGUGCAAAUAAUCUACAGAGGGAAAAUUAGAUCCACAUUUCAAUAACAAUAACCAACUGUAUAUAAAUCUUUUAUAGAGUUUCAGUACAUGGCAUAUUUUCAAGUUCAAUGUUUUAUUUAUUUUUAAGAUAAAAUAUACCUUUUGUAUUUACAACCGGAUAUUAUAUCUCCACAGACUAUACUGACAAUUUUCCAGGGCUUCUUAAAGGCAGGCAUAUUAGUUAACACCAGCUACACACGUUACAGAUAGGCUACAUCAAACCCAAGUCAGCAUCACAGCUUGCAAAGCACUGAAGGGAACCUAAAGCAGAA